GCCGGAGCUGCCGCGCCAGUCGCCGGUCAGAUCCUUGCCCGCUAGUUCUUGUCCCGGUUCUGACUGAAGCUUCGUCCGGUACGCCGGCCGGCCGUCCGUCCCUGCUGUUCUCAUUCUUCCUCAGCUCUUUCUCUUCCCUCUCGCUCAGUUUGCCGGGAGUGUGAAAGGAGAAGGCCCGGGGACGCCCUAAACCCCUUCUGUUCCUGCCCAUCGCAAGUGCCACUGCCGCCAUGGGUCUCACCAUCUCCUCUCUCUUUUCACGCCUUUUCGGCAAGAAGCAGAUGCGCAUUUUGAUGGUUGGAUUGGAUGCUGCUGGCAAGACGACCAUUCUGUAUAAACUGAAGUUAGGAGAGAUAGUCACCACCAUUCCUACUAUUGGUUUUAAUGUGGAAACAGUAGAAUACAAGAACAUUUGUUUCACGGUAUGGGAUGUUGGUGGUCAAGAUAAAAUUAGGCCUCUCUGGAGGCAUUACUUCCAAAAUACCCAGGGUCUUAUUUUUGUGGUAGAUAGCAAUGAUCGUGAAAGAAUUCAGGAAGGAGCAGAAGAACUGCAGAAAAUGCUUCAGGAAGAUGAGUUGCGAGAUGCAGUGCUGCUGCUUUUUGCAAACAAACAAGAUUUGCCAAAUGCUAUGGCCAUCAGUGAAAUGACAGAUAAAUUGGGUCUUCAGUCUCUUCGUAACAGAACAUGGUAUGUUCAAGCCACUUGUGCUACACAAGGAACUGGUCUGUAUGAGGGACUUGACUGGCUGUCAAAUGAGCUUUCAAAACGUUAAGUGAAACUGGAUCUCUGACCAAGGACACGUUUGAUAGAGUUGGUCUAGGCUUGUUACAACAAAAUUAGUUUGCAUCUUGGUUAUUAAACAGUGUAUGGGACUGGUUUUGGGCAGAAUAUGACAGCGUUUAAACUUUGUUGCCAAUUAUUGUUUACCAAGUGGAAUAUUGCUAUUUAGCAAUAUGCUUGGUUUUAAAGAAAUUCUCCUGAACUUGGAAAAAGAAGUGUCCUCUUUUAAUUUUACUUCCCUUAAGCCUAAAUGCCUGGACAUAGCUAUGUGAGACCUUUAAGUAAAUCCGUUUUGAAUGUCUUUUGAGCCCACAAGAUAAGGUUGUAAAGUUACCCCUUUGCUACUUUCCUGAUAUCUUGAUCAUUCCGGGGACAGUCUGCUGAUUAAAAGUAUAGCAUUCCAUUGGUAUUUAUUUUGCUCCCUUGCCAAAAAGAUUUUCUAAUAAUGCUUGUGCCAGCCAGGGAAAUGCUCCAAAACACUAUUCAGAUACCUUGCACUGAGGAACUUUUUUUAUUGCCAUUGUUGACUCCUGGCUUCCAUCAGCCAAACAACCUUGGUGUGGUUUGGAAUUGAUAGCUAAUUAGUUCUGUGCUGGUUGCAAAGAGUUCCCCAAUUGAGAUGAUUUUUAAUACUCAGCAGGUUGUCUUCCUUUACAUUGUUAUCUUUUUUAUGUUGCAUGUUGCUUUCGGUAUCACCCUGACUCUUUGCCCAGUAUGGUAGUUCUCCUGAUGUGUUGUUUAUUGGUGAACAUAUCUUCAUGAAGAAUUUUUGGAAAACUCAUCAAAGGCAAUGAAUAGGUUUCUUCAUAACCCAUUUGGAAUUAUUCCUAAUAAAAUGAUAAAAUAUGUAA